UUAGUCCCUUUUCAACGAACUGGUUUCCCCCUUCCCUAACGAAUGGCUUCCAACUCCAACAUAGAUAUAGAGGGUGCGACCCAGCAUCUCCGUGACAUUUUAAAAUUGGACCGGCCCGGCAGUAGCACCGAAGCAUCCUCUGGAGAGAGCCAGAGAAAGACACCUUUUAAUGGUGAGCUGAAUGGCCUUCUUGGUGCUGACCUUAUAGGAGCGGGAGAGCGUACAGUAAUGGUGGACCCGACGAGUCACAACUCAGAAAUCCUCAAUGCAUCAGACAGUCAGACCAUUUGUCUCUCUGGAGAUGAUGGUUCCACCUGUAUUGCUAUCACAUCCAGCAAUGUUGAAAUUGUCGCCAGUCGUGAUUCCAGCAUUGACAGUAAGGCCCGUGGAAGUAACAAGGUUAAGAUUCAGCCUGUGGCUAAAUAUGACUGGGAGCAUAAAUAUUACUAUGGCAACCUAAUAGCAGUGUCCAACUCAUACUUGGCGUAUGCCAUCAGAGGUGCUAACAACCACGCGAUGAUCCGUGUGCUGAGUUUGGGUUCGGCAGAACGCACGCUCCUGAAGGGUUUCACAGGCGCCGUCACCGAUCUGGCUUUUGCUCAUCUGGACUCCAACCUGCUGGGCUGCGUGGACGAGGCUGGUAACCUGGUUAUCUGGCAACUCACCAGUGAGAGCAGCAAAAUCCAAGAUGAGGUGGUAGUUCAUAUCCGGAGACCUGAAGACACACCGCUCAACUCCAACCGUAGGCUCAUCUGGUGUCCCUUUAUCCCAGAGGACAAUGAUGAGAGCCCCGAGGACGCGUGUCAGACCCUGGCCCUUCUCCACGAGGACAGGGCUGAGGUUUGGGAUCUCGACAUCCUCAGAUCCAACAACAGUACGUGGCCCGUGGACGCCACUGAACUCAAAGAGGGUUUUAUCACCAUCAAAGGACACACAGCGCGUAUCAGUGAAGGAGCUUUGUCUCCAGAUGGCACAGUCCUAGCAACAGCCAGUCACGACGGUUACGUGAAGUUUUGGCAGAUCUACAUCGAAGGACAGGACCAGCCAAGGUGUCUACAUGAAUGGCAGCCCCAUAAUGGAAGGCCUCUGUCCUGUCUGUUGUUCUGUGACAACCAUAAGAAACAGGAUCCAGAUGUCCCAUUCUGGCGUUUUUUGAUUACUGGAGCAGAUCAGAACCAGGAGUUGAAAAUGUGGUGCACGGUGUCAUGGACCUGUCUGCAGACUAUCAGGUUUUCUCCAGACCCUUUCAACUCCAGUGUCCUUCCCAGUUUGAAGGCCUGUCUGGACCUGUCUGCUGAGUGUCUCAUCCUUAGUGACGUCCAGAGAAAGGUUCUGUACGUGAUGGAGCUGCUGCAGGAUCAGGAGAAGGGCCGUGCCAGUUUUACUGCAGUGUCGGAGUUCCUGCUCACGCACCCUGUCCUCAGCUUCGGUGUACAUGACGUCAGCCGCAGCCGCCAGCGUCACACCGAAGUCCUUCCCCAGGAAGAAGAGAGCGAAAGCAUGACCACAGAAGGAAGCCAGGGGCCCAUGGAAUCCAAAUCUGGGAUGCAGAUCAAGCUAUACUGUGUUCACACUAAAACUCUUCAAGAUGUGCAGAUUUGGUUUCAGCCCAGUCUGGGCUCUUCUGCAUCUGUCUUUGUGUCUCGUUCUGGAUCGCAGGACGGCUUUGGCAUUUCGGAUCACCUGACAGAUCUGAGCGUGGAGGGUAUGAGCUCGGAUAAGGAAUCAGGCAGCGGUUCUCAGAACGACCUGCGUAAGAUUCCUGCUCUUCCCACUCCCGCCGACUUCCUCACGGCGGCCAGCUCGGCCAUGCCCAAGCUCAUGACCCCCGACGCCUUCAUGACCCCCAAUGCCUCAGUUCCAGCCUCUCCAGGCAGCAGUGUGAGCAGUCUGACUAUAGUUACCGCCAUAAGCAGCUCAGACGGUGGAGCAAGGGGAGGAGAUGAGCUGAUACAGAGCCCUAAGAUGUCUGUGGACGGGGCCAGCAGUAGUCUGACCCUCAGUGGCAGCGCUAGCAGCCCCAGGUCCAGCUCUGUCCUCAUCUCUGGUCUGGGCGAAAGCAUUCAGGUCCUGCCUUCUCCGAACCCACCUCUGUCCCUGGACCUCCAGACUAUUGAGCCCAUUCUGGUCCAGCAGGCUUCUCCAACCAGGGCUCGCUCUCCAGAUGUCAUCUCCUCUGCCUCCACCGCCAUGUCUCAGGACAUCCCGGAAAUCGCCUCUGAGACGCUCCAGCGCGGACUGGGCGUGGCCGGGGCGGAGGCUCGCGACCCGAUCCCUGCUCUCCACUCCGACACCAUGGCGUCCGCCGCAUCCGCUCUCCACCUGCUUUCGCCACGGAACCGGAACAACUCGGACCACGGCCUCCAUCCGCUGGAGCUGGGCCCGGGUGUCGGGGCAGGAGACGGGGAACAGAGGCUCAGUAACACUCCCUCUUUAUUGGAGACGGCCCUGUCCCAAGAAAACGCAGCAGCGGCGGCCGUAGCAUCCGGCUCUGACAGCAGUGUUAAUCACACCUGGCCUGCAGCACCAGACAUCACACGCGAGACUCGCAAUAGCAUGAGAGACAACGGCCUGGGAGACUGCUCCAGAGAGGAACUGAAGGAUAGACACAUGUCUUCCCCUUACCACAGACGUACCUAUCACCUGGCUCAGAAUGACAGCCAAGAUGCCAGUGCAGAGCAGAGCGACCAUGACGACGAGGUUGCAAGUCUAGCAUCCUCCUCUGGGAACUGCGGUUCCAGGGUAUCUCACAGACUCCCAGUCAAGGACUGGAAAACCUCCCCCAGGAGCUCCCCCAAACUGAAGAGGAAGAGCAAAAAGGAAGAUGGCGAUUCCUCACAGUCCAGACAGGCUGAUAACCAGAUGACGGCGGAGGCGCAGGAGGAAUUGCUCCUGCUGCUGAGGAGUCAGCAGAGGGAGAUCGCAGAGCUACGUCAGAGUCAGAUGGAGCUGCUCCAGAGAGUAACCGGCCACAUGGAUGCCGUUCAGAGCUCCGUCAUGGCCCACGUAGAGCACGUCCUGAUCACACAGCAGGAGCAAGAACAGAGGAGAAUGGAGCGGAUCCUGGCGGAGGGACACAGCCGAAACCAGCAGCUCAACGAGCACCUGGCCCAGCAGUUAGCCCAGACGCUGAGCAACACCCUCUCCAACAGACUGGACAAAGUUCUGCGCGAUGAGUUUAAGAAGACUGUUCCUCAAAGUGUCUCAAAGAGUCUGGAACCCAUCACUGGACAGAUGAGUAACACCAUAGCUGCCAAGCUGACUGCAGUGGAGGGCACUCUGAAAGAAAAUGUCACCAAAGUCGUUAAGUCAAAGAACACUACAGAUGCAAUUGGCCGUGCGGCUGCAGAAGCCAUGCAGGGCCCUAUACAGGCAGCCUAUAAAGAUGCAUUCCAGAGCAUUGUGCUCCCAGUGUUUGAGAGAGGCUGUCAGUCCAUGUUCCAGCAGAUCAAUGACAGCUUCAAACAGGGAACUAAUGAAUAUAUUCAGCAGCUUGAGACACAUGUGAAGAACAGAAAGCAGCGGGAGCAGGAUGCACGGGACCCCGUGAUUGGCCAGCUGCAGCAGAUGAUUGACACGUUCCAGAACUCUCAAGACCAGCUGGCCACCAACUUGACAGCCAGCGUUCGCACUGAAGUCCAGCACCAGCUUCACAUGAUUGUGGGAAACCUGCAGGACUCCAUCCUCACGCAGGUGCAGCGCAUUGUGAAGGGGGAGGUUAGUCUUGCGAUGAAGGAGCAGCAAGCAGCCGUCACCUCCAGCAUCAUGCAGGCCAUGCGCUCCGCUGCCGGCACGCCUGUCCCCACCGCCCACCUGGACUACCAGGCCCAGCAGGCCAGCAUCCUGCAGCUCCUUCAGCAGGGCCAGCUCAACCAGGCCUUUCAGCAGGCUUUGUCUGCAGCAGAUCUGAACCUGGUCUUGUAUGUAUGUGAGACCAUUGACUCUCAGCAGGUGUUUGGUCAGACCCCCUGUCCUCUCAUUCAGCCUGUUCUGCUGUCUCUCAUACAGCAGCUCUCCACCAACCUGUCCACACGUACAGAACUGAAGAUCAGCUACUUGGAGGAUGCUGUGAUGAACCUAGACCACGGGGACCCAGUGACCAGAGACCACAUGACCGCUGUGUUGUCCCAGGUUCGACAGAAGCUAUUCCAGUUCCUACAGCAGGAUCCCCACAGCCCCCUCAGCAAGCGAGCCCGUCGCCUCAUGAUGAUGCUCCAGGGUCUGGUCAACCACUAGCCCUCAGAAUUCAGCUCUUCCCGACACAGCUUUUCCCCUCACUUUGCAGGCUCGUCGACAUCUUGUGUUUUCUCUCCAAUCUCCCUGCAUUUCAAGUUCUCUCAGACUGCGUUCAGUUAUGUCAGUUCAGUUCAGUUCAGUUGGUGCUCGCGGAAGCACUCAUGGGAGAUGUAGUCCAGAACCAGAGAUUGUGUAAUUUGUUGUAUGAUGGCUCUGCACUACAUGUUCCAAUAGCCAUCUCUGUUUUCUGCAAUUCCACUGGUCAUCUUAUUUGACCAUUUGUGUGGUUUUCAUUCUUCUCUCUUCCUCCAUGGCAAAGAGUGGUCUGUUUCAAUCCCAGCAAGGACGCGUUUUGACGCAAAAUAUUUUUUCCUCUUCAGAAGCCUGUUUUGCUUAUUAUCCUCUGGAAAAGCACCGGAAAACUGAAGUAUCUCUGCUUAUUUUUUGCUAACAUUUAUGACGAGCAUGACUCAAGAGGAAGAGAACCAACACUUAUUCAUUUUGAUUGAUGGAGGAAGAUGUCGCAUAGAUUUUUUUUUUGGACCCACUUCUGCACAUUAAUCAUUGAGCUUCAAUGACAGAAGAGUUCAGAAAUGGAAAGGACAUUGCCCCUUUGUUCUGUUGCUUGUUACUCAAUAUUUGAUUAUUCUGCAAUGGCUUUUUUUUCUUUCCUGGCCUUUUUACCAAGACAGAAAAUCAAGGCAAAAUUUUUUGCACUGAACCUUUUGCCUCUUGUGAAUUUCAACUAUAGCAUCACAUCAAGAAUUUCCUCUAGAACUGUCUUCAUUUAACAUUUCCAGAGUCAGCACUAUUCCUCAUCUUAAGAGUGGCAAAAUUCUUGACAGGUUAAAACAAGAGUUAGGACAAAUUAUUCAUCAGUCUCUUUAGCUCACAAUUUCAAGCAUACUGAAUCAAAUUGUAACUGCAUGCCCAGUAAACGCAUUAUUAUCAGUUUAUGUUAGAUUGAGAAACAGGCUGACGUUCUUAUCAGUAAUCCCUUA